AUGGAUAACGAAUGGAAGGAACUAAUUCGUAUUCAGGUAUCAUAUCGUGAUAAAGUUUUAAAAAUUUGGAAUGGUAAUAAUACCACAUUACAUCAAUAUAUCGAAAAACGAUUAUUGAAAACAAUUGAACGACCGUGGAAAAUCAUUCCGGAACAGUUAACCAAAAAGAUGCCAAUUAUUUCUUCUCAUGCAUUUCCAAUUAAUGAUGCAAUUUUUCCAUUGGGUACACUUUCACAAAAAACACUAAAUAUUGAUGAGAAACGUUGGAUACCGGUAAUUGAAUUGAACAUAGCUAAUUGUAACAUUAAUGAAUUGAAAUGUUUGAUUGAUGAAGCGGAAAAACGAUUACGAUUUGGAUCAGUAAGAAUUUGGCGAUUAUGGGGUAUAUGUCAGCAUGGUCCUGAAAAUGUAUCAUUAGUUCUUGAAGAUAUAAUUUACGGAUCACUUGCUGAUUUUGUUCGAACAGAUUUCAGGCCACAGGAUCAGCUAUGCAAAUUUGCUGCACAAAUAGUGGAUGGUUUACGAAAUCUUGAGAAAUAUGGCUUUAUACAUUAUCGUUUAUCAAUUGAUGUUUGUUUACUUACUUAUAAUUACAAUGUAAAAAUUGCAAUUUAUGGAUUAAGUAUGGGUGAAUUAUAUCCAACAUAUGUUGAUCUUGAUGAUAUUGAUCAAUGCAGAUGGUUACCACCCGAAUGUUUAUCAAAUUCAGGCAAUACUUCCGCUCCGUACAAUGCAUCAGGAAUGAUUUAUUCUUUCGGGAUUAUACUUUGGUCAAUGUUUCAUGGUGGUGCAUUACCAUUUGAAGAUGAACCUGCUGAUAAUAUUCGAAAUCCUCAAUAUCGUAUACAGAAUCCAUUAUAUAUUGAACCGGAAUUAGUCCCGAAUGAAAUUCGUAAUGUGAUAUUAUCAUGUUGCAGUGAAGAUAUUGCUAUUCGUGGUCGUCUAAAGAGUAUCAAAAUAUAUCUUCGAAAUUAUUCUCCACCAGCAACAUAA